UUUGCAUGACUCGCAUCUUCUCGAUGGCAUUCUUGUCAUUCAAUCCACUUGUUUUCCUUUCUUUUCUUCCUUGUUUUCCCUUCAGUUUCUUGAGGAUUUCUUUUUUCUUUUUUUUUUCCUUGAUUGGUUUUUUGAAUGUAAAAAAAAUGAGAACUUUGAGGUUUCCUUCGGGGUCAAGAUUUCAUCUUUUCAAAUAAUGAUUUCAUGUUUUAUAAAAUUUAAUUUCGUCAAUCUUUUUCUUUUUUUAGUUUCUGUUGAUUUUGGUUUGUUUUUCAAUGUCGAAAGCUGAGGAUUUUGGAAAGAAAGAAACCCAACAAAACAUUUCCAUGCAACCGGCCAAUCUUCCAAGGGAUCUACUACAAAGAUUCAUGUUAUCAAAGAACCAUUUAUCUCACAGAGAUCAUGAAGGAGAAGAAAAUGGUGAAGAAGAAGAGAAGAUUGAGUUAAGCUUAGGACUUUCAUUGAAUGGUCGUUUUGGGGUUGACCCAAGAGCCAAAAAACUCACUAGAUCAUGUUCAAUACCAGAUUUCAUCAACAACUCAACAAAGAAAGACACUGAUGAGUCUUCUUCUUCUUUGUUCCCCAUGGCUUGUGGUUCUCUUGUGAGGACAUGUUCUUUGCCUACAGAGACAGAGGAAGAGUGGAGGAAGAGGAAGGAGUUGCAAAGUUUAAGGAGAAUGGAAGCUAAAAGAAAGAGAUCCGAGAAACAGAAGAACUUGAAAGCUGUAAGGGAAAGGAAUAGAGGGGGUUUUGCUAAAGAGAAUUGUGAAGAAGAUAAGGGAGAAGAGGCUGGUUAUGGCGCUAGUUGGGUAAAUGGUGGUUCACAGGGUUCAAUUGGAUCCCAAGGAAGUGGUUCCUCCGGGAUAUCAGAAUUUGAGAGCCAACCAGCUCAAGGAGCUUACAAAAACCCCCAAGCAAGAAGCCCUACUAGUGUGCAAUCUGCAGCAGAGACCCAGCAGAAACCGAUCAUCAUCCCUGGAAAAAUCAUGGCUCAAAAAUCAGAAAAGUUAGCCGGAGUUGUGACGAAGAAUCAGCCUUGUCAAUCAGCAGUAGCUGAAGAGAGGGUUAAGGAAGUGGUGAGGAACAUUUUGGAGGAUAUGCCUUGUGUGUCAACAACUGGAGAUGGUCCCAAUGGGAAAAGAGUAGAAGGCUUUCUUUACAGAUAUCGAAAGGGUGAAGAGGUGAGAAUAGUCUGUGUUUGCCAUGGCAGCUUCCUCUCCCCAGCUGAAUUUGUCAAGCAUGCCGGUGGCGGUGAUGUAGCACACCCACUAAAGCAUAUAGUUGUUAUCCCUUCUUUACUUUUCUGAUGCAAAUCCAUGAAAAAGGAGGAAUGCAGAGAAAAGGUUGAUGAAUUUUCUCCUUUAUUAUUUUCAGAAUCACUUUUUCUUUUAUUCUGGACUAGGCUAUUAACUCUUUUUAGAAAAUGAAGCUUCUCUAUGGAAAAUUCAA